UGCAUAUACAUCUCUGUGUCUGUGUCUUUAUAUGAUAAACACAAAGUCCACACUUUUAUCUGUUUCCAAUUCAAUUCGUAGAUCUAAAACCCGUUUGCUGAGCCCUCCUUCCCUAAUUGUGAAUGCUGUUGUGCUAGGAUCGUGCCAGUUAUCAAACCCUAAUGUUGCUGUUAUUUGUACUUGUCUUGAUAGAAAAAUUAAGCUUUGGAUUUUUCGAUUUUCUAAUCAAAUUUCAAUUCUGAAGUUGUUCUCCAAUCUAGACUUUGUGUAAUUGAUAAUGAUAUUAAACUUUACGGAAACUAUUAUUUGAUAGCAUAAAAGCUUAACACAUCUUGAGAAUAAUUUUGUUUCCACACAGCUUUCAACUUCCAGAUUGGUCAAUCCGUUGAUUAGGGGAAGUACAUUGCUUUAGUAGGUUCAUAGAGUUAGAAAUAGAUGGAAUUUGAUGUAGAUUUUUUGUUGGAGCUGACACUCACAUUGAGUGUUAUAUAAAUCUCUGUUAAUUUUGAAGUGAAUCAAUGUGCUGAUGUGAUUCUUAGAGGUUAUAAACAAAGGUUGCUAAUGGAGAUACAGACAACUGAAGCUUCAGAGGUUAUAAGUACAGAGACAACUGAAACUUCGGAGGUUGUUAGUACAGAGACAACUGAAACUUUGGAUCAAUCAACAUUGCCUCUGGUUGCACAGCAACAGACGACUGAAAUAUCGAAGCAGUCACCACCUCCGAUUACGCACAUGCCACCAGCUGAAACUUCACUGCCUCAGGUUACAAACACACAGACAACUGAAAUUUCAGAGCAGCCAACACAGCCUGAUGUCACAAACACACAUGCUACUGAACCUUCAGACCAGUCCACUCUGCCUCCGGUUACAAACGCACAGACAGCUGAAGCUGAAACCUUGGAGCAGUCAGCCCUUCCUCUAUUGACAGAUACAAAGACAGCUGAAACUAUAGAGCAGACGGUCAUGCCUUCUGAGGUUGCUGAUAGUAGUCAUGAUAACUUAGUUGCUUCUCCUGAAAAUCAUCAGGGCUUGGAAAUGAGGCAAGAGACUGCUGAAGAAGAAGAAGAAGUAAGAUGCGUAUUAAAAGUCAUUGCAGCCACUGGAAAGUUCUGGCAUGAUUGGGAGAAAUUGAGAAGCAUGUUGUCCCUUCAUUUAAAGCAGGUCAUUUCUGAGUAUCCACAGGCAAAAAUGACAAAGGAGGAACAAAAAUUUUCAUUAGGAGAGACACAUGCCGAGUUGGUGAAAAGGUUGGAUGAUGCUCUUCAUAGUUUUGUUGAUGGUCCACCAUUUACCCUGCAAAGGCUCUCCGAGAUCAUUUUGGAUGCUCAAAUCUUGUAUCCAAAUCUUUCAAAGCUUGCUCUGGCCUUAGAAAAGAAUCUGUCGGUGACAUCUACCUUGGCCAUCUCCACCGAUCCUUAUCCACCAUCACACAUAACAACACCAAAUGGACUCAACAAAGUAACAGAGGAUCCAAAUCCAAAUCAAAACCCACAACUGCAAUCUGAUACCGUGAUGGAAAAUGGGGCGCAACCCGUGGUAGCAGAUAGGGACGAGAUUAUGACGGAAGUGGAGGCUGAUGUUGGUGAUGUUAUGACAAUGGACAUGGAAACCUACGAGAAAUCAUCAGUGGACUCAAGCCCUAUGACAACAGGUGAUUCUUAGUCUUUCCUGUUAUUCUUUGAACCCAUCAAAUGUCAUUGUAAUUGUCGCCUUUGGUGAAACACUUGAGAUUGUACAUUCAGAGCAUGUGAUAUAUUUCUGUCACGAUCAGACCCACUUUCAGAUGGGGUAUAUUGUGCACAAUUUGUUUGGUUUA